AUGCUCUACGGAAGGUCGAUGACUUACUCUCCGUCUCCGAGGUCCUCAACCGAGCUUUCAAGAACGAGUACAACGUCGAGGCUGCAGCUGUUUCAGUGGCAGAUGGGCGCCUUUGUGUUGAAACGACUCCAGCUGCUGUGCUUUCUCGUCAGUUCCUGGAGGAUUCGUGGACUACGGCAGAAUCUAUCAGUGGAGACAUUGAGGCAGUCUUCAACGCAAACAGCGACUGCUUCAUGA